UCCAGAUCGAAGUGGGGGAGCAGUCCUGUCUGCUGUGGCAACAUGUCUGAGCCUGUUAAAGUGCUGGUGACUGGAGCUGCUGGGCAGAUUGCCUAUUCUCUGUUGUUCAGCAUCGCCAAGGGAGAUGUCUUUGGCAAAGAUCAGCCAAUCAUCUUGGUCCUUCUGGAUAUCCCUCCCAUGAUGACGGUCCUGGACGGUGUUGUCAUGGAGCUGCAGGACUGUGCCCUUCCACUUCUGAAAGAGGUCAUCCCCACUGACAAGGAGGAGGUGGCCUUCAAGGACCUGGAUGUGGCCAUCCUGGUGGGCUCCAUGCCCAGGAGGGACGGUAUGGAGAGGAAAGACCUGCUCAAAGCGAACGUAGCGAUCUUCAAGAGCCAGGGAGCCGCCCUGGAUAAGUACGCCAAGAAGACUGUCAAGGUGCUGGUUGUUGGAAACCCUGCCAACACAAACUGUCUGAUUGCGGCCAAGUCUGCUCCUUCCAUCCCCAAAGAGAACUUCUCCUGCCUCACCCGUCUGGACCACAACAGGGCCCGCUCUCAGGUGGCGAUGCGCUGCGGCGUCCCCGCUUCCCAUGUGAAGAACGUGAUCAUCUGGGGAAAUCACUCGUCCACCCAGUAUCCAGACGUGCACCACUGCAAGGUCAACAUGUCCGGCAGUGAGCUGGCCUGCUUCGACGCCGUCAAGGAUGACAAGUGGCUCACAGGCGAAUUCAUUUCUACAGUGCAGCAGAGAGGCGCUGCAGUCAUCAAGGCCAGGAAGCUGUCGAGCGCCAUGUCUGCUGCCAAGGCCAUCUGCGACCACAUGAGGGACAUCUGGUCAGGAACUGCAGAGGGUGAGUUUAUUUCUAUGGGUGUUUACUCCACUGGAAACUCGUACGGAGUUGCAGAGGACCUCAUCUACUCAUUCCCCGUGGAGAUCAAGAACAAAACCUGGAAGAUCGUGGACGGUCUGACCAUCAACAAGUUCUCCCAAGAAAAGAUGGACGCCACCGCAGCAGAGCUGAUAGAGGAGAGGGACACCGCCGUGUCUUACCUGGCAGUGUGACUGCACCCUGCUGGGACCCCUCACCCACACCACAGCCCCACCCCUCCAGACUCACGGCUGUGAUGAAGCACUCCACCAGCUCUGCAUUAACUGUGCGAGAAAGAGAGAGUCAGUGUUUAUGAGUGUAAGGCAGGAGGUAUAUUUGUGUUGGGGAUCGACGCCACGUUGAAGGAAAAACGACGGGAAUGUUUUGUUGGAAGGUUUGUUCCCUGUUUGACCGAAUCACCGGCGACGCACAAGUAUACCUCCGUCAGUAUGAGUACAUGCCGAAAGUUCACCAACACGGUUCACAGCCAAGUUUCAGUCAUUUCUCUCUGAGGGUCAGUGAAUGGAUGAUUGUUACAUUAAGUCAGUGAUGCACUACGUCUUCAAAACACCAGAAUUAAAUAAAAACAAAAUAAUCCAGAUGUAACCAAUGUGG